UUUGACUGGCUGAAGGUGAUGAUCACGAGAAGAAAAAACCCAGAGACACGGACCUCAGACAGGCAACAGUCCCAGAAGUGAGAGCGGGCUUACCACACAGAGAAACUCAACAGACAACAAUGGCCUCAACUUCUGUGUUAAAACGGUUCCCCGAGGCCCUCUAUUACUCAGCCCUGAACGUGGUGGUACAUCACUAUAAGAACAUUAGACACGAGCUGCGGAUAUUCCCUCCCUCGGUGCAAUUCGACAUUCUGUUCAAGCUGUUCGAGAAUGGGUGCCUAGCAGAAGUGCGUGCUGAGUUAAGUGACCUAGAUGUGAUCACACGCAUGCUAAAAGUUGGGGACAAGAGGCAUCUACUACAUCAUUGCUUCCAGGCCUUAAUGGACCAGGCUCUCGGGGACCACAGUACUAAAAUUUCCUCAGUUAUAUCACAAGCUUACGUGGAUCGGUGUAACCAGGAGUCACUCACUGACAAACAGCGGGAUAGCUUGGUGCUGCAUGGCCUGGCAAUAUCUGCCUUCUUGGCAGAGGCUGGGUGGCUUCCUGAUGCUGAGGUCAUCUUAACCUCUUGCCAAAGCCUCCUUGCAGACUCCUCAGACCCUUUGCAGAAGACACGUGCCUUGGAGUGUUGCCACAGAUUGCUACAUGUCCAGAAUGGCUACUGUCGGUUUGAGGAGGCGGAACACACUUACAACCAGGCAAUGGUACUGGUGAAGCAACUCCAAGGGAUGGGUGCUUCUCCCAACUUAGCCUCACUCUACUCUGAGUUCUCAACCCUUUACAUGCUGCGGUCCAACUAUGCAGAGGCCUACAGCUGGAGUGUAAAGGCAUUACAGUCACUUGUAGCCAACUUUCCCAAGCCUCCACUGAUUGAUGUUCUGAGGCAGUCAGCCAAAGCAUGUGUGCUUAAACGAGAGUUCAAGAAGGCCAGGCUACUCAUCCGGCAGGCUGUGGUGAUUGCCAGUGAAGUGUUUGGAGACCAGCACCCAAAGUAUGCAGAUACCCUCAUUGACUAUGGCUUCUACCUCCUCAGUGUAGAUGCCAUCAGCCAGGGUGUCCAAGUGUACCAGACUGCUCUAGAAGUACGUCAGAAUGUAUUUGGUGGCAUAAAUCUCCAUGUGGCAGUGGCCCACGAGGACCUUGCCUAUGCCUCUUAUGUACACAACUAUGCCCUCGGGAAGUUCAGCCAUGCCAGGAAUCAUGCUGAGAAAGCCAUUGAGCUAAUGCUGCAACUACUACCUGGGGACCAUCUCCUCCUCUCCUCCAGUAAAAGAGUAAAGGCUCUCAUCCUUGAGGAAAUGGCCAUUGACAAUCCCAACAAGGAUGUGGAAAAAAAGUUUUUGGAGGAAGCUCACUUAUUGCACAAGGAAGCACUUGCCAUGGCUAUGAGAGCUUUUGGAGAAAUGAAUGUACAGACAGCCAAGCAUUAUGGCAAUCUGGGUCGCCUAUACCAGUCCAUGAGGCUAUUUGAGCUUGCUGAAGAGAUGCACUUAAAAGCCAUCACUAUAAAGGAGCAGUUGUUGGGGCCAGAGGACUAUGAAGUGGCUCUGUCAGUGGGCCAUUUGGCAUCCCUGUACAACUAUGACAUGAUGAAAUUCGACAAUGCAGAGCAAUUGUAUUUGCGUUCCAUCUCCAUAGGCAAGAAACUGUUUGGUGAUGGCUAUUCUGGGUUAGAAUAUGACUAUCGAGGUCUGUUGCGUGUGUACACCAUCCAAGCCAACAUGGAGAAGUGCUUCAAGUACCAGAAUGUUUUAGCGUACUGGAAGCUGCUUCGUGACGAGGCUCAGGAAACCCAGACAUCACCAUUCACAGAGUUGACAGAACCGCUGAGAGUCACUGAUACACUUCAGCAGUUCAUGUCUAUGUCGUGAGGCUCUCAUUGACUUACUUUUCUUGCCCAUUCAUAAUACUCUCUUCAUAGGGGCUUAGUGUGCUCCUACCACUCAGGGGGAGGUGAGUCUAGAUCCAGCCAUGACUCAAAGCCAUAUUGCUUCAUGUUAUGUUAUUCUGAUGUAAGAAGCAGACAAUUUUUGGCUUGCACCAGGCAGUGUUGUGGCCACGAGGCAGCAUUAUGAGAAAAGAGGCUGGUUAGUGAAGCACAGGUAUCAGCCAGUCACUAUGUAAUGAAAGUUGUGCAUUACAGGGGUGUUAUUUCCAAGAAAGGUGUUUCAUAAUGUGAAAAGUUCUUAGGAGACAAAGUUUUAUUCUUAUGACAAUAUAUCUAUGUACUGUAAUGGUUAGUGUGCUUGGCUUACAACCACAAGAUACAGGGCUCAAAUCCUUGACUGGACAGAGACAAUUUGAUCUAGUCUCCUUUCACACUGAACCCCUGUUUAUUGAAAAUGUGAUAGGUACGGGAUGCACAUUGAGGAGUUGUAACUUGUUUCCUGGCAAGAUUGGAAAGCCAACAGUUCGGGUGUGUUGUUUAUGUGUGAUCCAGAAGUGGUAAUCCCUUAUGGGGUUUGGCAAGUUUGCUUGUGUUUGUGGAUCUGGAGCCAUGCUUCAUUUGAUAUGAAGAAACGGUCUGUGCCACACUACAAUAAAUAGUAAAUAGUCAAAAUAGAAGAAAGGUAUGUGUGUGUCUGUAAGUAUGUAUGUACAGGUAUAUUACUACAAACCUUCAAAGGGGAGAUUAACCAUGUGUCAUUUUAGUAAUGGAAAGCACAGAGAAGAGGAUCCUUACUCCAAGCACCCUCCCUUUUGGUCACCUUUUUAACAGCUUGCAAGGAAUAAGGAGGCAGUAUUCUUCCAGCCCAGUUGUUGGGCAUGCAUCCAGGAAAAAAUGUACAGCAAGGCUCAACAACAGAGUUGGUAAAGCUCUGUUUCAGUGUAAUGCACCCAUUUCCUUCCUUGCAGCUGAAAUGAUCAGAUGAUCAGACCAUAUGCACAAGAACCUGCCAUCAAGGCAAUGUCCCUGUUCAUUCAUUCACAGCUUCUUUCUGUUCAUCCCUAUCAUGCACAAUCAUUGCUCUCUUUACACUGUCCAGUCAUCCCAUUUUUGGUGUUCUCCUUAGACAUACACCUCGCACCAACAAGUUUUGCUCCUAUAUCUCGACAUGCUAAAAGAAAUGCAACACACACACUCUCUCUCUCUCUCUCUCUCUCUCUCUCUCUCUCUCUCUCUCUCUCUCUCUCUCUCUCUCUCUCUCUCUCUC